GUUGCUAGCACCUGAGAAAAAAGUCUUAUUUUAUGCAGGUUCAGCUUUCUUAUCUUUCACUUGAAACUUGGUGAAAACGACGUGACAUUAUAUUCCUGUAGAGCAGAUAAAAAGCUUAGAUCAGUGUCAGCUAAUAAAGCUAGGACUGCACUUAUGCACAACGUGUAUUUUGGAAGAUAUGUCUUUAUUUGGGGAUUUUGUAUUGUGAAAUAUUUUUUUUGUAUUGUUCUCUUCUGCCCCGGGUAGCUGCAGAUAUUGUGAGUACUUUCCUGAAUUGUAACCAUGCCUUGGCAGCCAUACAGCAGGAUUUAAGGAAUUAGUAUUUGAUAGUAGCGUUAAUGCUAGUUAGUCAUUGUUUCUUACAUGGGUAGCUUACCAGAGUAUGUAGUCAUCACCAGCAGGCUGUGAGUGCUGGAUCAACCAGGAGACCUUUCUGGAUUUUCUCACAGGAGUGAGGGGAGUAAGACAAGGGCUGGAUGAAUUACUCUGCAGUGCUACAGUUUAUGGGCCGCAGGCUGGGAAUUUAUCUCUGUGUGGAUUAUUGACAUGUUCCUAAACACUUCGUUGCAGCAAAAGGUUUUUCUUCUCCAGGGAUACAGCCAUGGCUGAAAUGAGUAACAGCAACUUAGAAAAACCAACCAUUAUUCAGCAAGCGAUGGCCUCUUGUUGUGGAGCUAUAAUUACAUCAUUACUUGUAUCUCCUCUUGAUGUUAUCAAAACUCGGCUGCAAGCCCAAACCAAUCCAUUCCCUAAAGGAAAAUGUUUUGUAUACUCUAGUGGCCUUAUGGACCAUAUAUGUGUUUGUGAAAAUGGGGACAGCAAAGCCUGGUAUAAAAAACCUGGGAAUUUCAAAGGGACGUUGGAUGCAUUUGUGAAAAUUAUUCGAAUAGAGGGAAUUAAGUCACUGUGGAGUGGGCUUCCCCCAACAUUAAUAAUGGCAGUUCCUAACACAAUAAUCUAUUUUACCCUCUAUGACCAACUGCGUGAAGCUUUGAAAUACAGACUGGAAAAGGAUGAUGGAUACAUUCCAGUUCUUGCAGGUUCCUUAAGCAGAUUCAGUUCUAUCACUGUGGUGAGUCCCCUGGAGCUGAUCAGAACUAGAAUGCAGCAUCGCAAGUUGUCCUACAAGCAGCUGUACCUGUGUGUCAGCACUAAAGUGGCUGCAGAUGGGUGGUUUUCACUGUGGAAAGGCUGGAGUUCUACUGUUCUGAGAGAUAUACCUUUCUCAGCAAUGUACUGGUAUAAUUAUGAACGUUUCAAGAAGAUGAUGUGCAACAAAGUUGGUGCACAUGAACCUACAUUUUUUAUUGCUUUUGCUUCAGGAGCAGCAUCUGGCUCUAUUUCAGCUGUCAUAACUCAGCCAUUUGAUGUAGUGAAAACACAUAAGCAGACUGCACUUUGGGAGAGUGAGACCUUAGAAAGUAAGUUGCGGUUCCACAGAGGGAAUCUACAUCAACCUGGGCAGUUAUGAGGAAAAUUGUCGCUAGCAAUGGGAUUACUGGAUUAUUUGCUGGUAUUAUUCCACGGCUAUGUAAAGUUGCUCCUGCUUGUGCCAUAAUGAUCAGCACAUACGAAUAUGGAAAAUCUUUCUUUUCUCAUUUAAAUGAAAAAAUGAAUCAACGUCCUUAAUUCUCCUUCAUCCAACUGUAUGAAGUCAAAGCAUAUGGUGAAACUUGUGCCAAAUUAUUAUCUGUGAAGAUGUUUUCUAGAAUUCCCAGUGAAUUUCUACCAUUACAUUUGGUAACUAAAUACAACUUCAUUAUUAACUGUUUCAUGAAGGAUAAAUUAACUUUUUUUAAUUAAGAAAAUACACAUCACCCUUAAACUACCAUUGAAGAUUUUGUGCCUUCUCUUGCAGCUAAAGAGGAAAAAGAAAGGAAAGAGGAGAAAAAAAUAUAAUCGAGCCUGGACAGAGCAAUGAAGAAUAACGACUGCCACUGUAUUAAAUUUUUAGUCUGAUGAAACAUUUUUGUUGGAUAUUUAAAAUUAUUGUUUUAAAACGUUUUGGGCUUCCAGUUGUAUGAUAUAUUUAUUUCUCAAUGAGGAGGUUGAUACAGAAUGAAUUCAAUAAAUGCUUAUUUAUUCUUGCUGUUUGA